UUUCUAAACUGUCCUGUCAGUGUCACUGUCAGCAGAGCUCUGUAAACGUAAAUAAUAUAACCUCAAAUAAUUGCUACGUUAAUGAUUUCGUGGCCUAUAAAAACAUUAAAAUACCUUACUAUAAGUAAUUUUCAAAAGAUGGCUAAAAGUUCCUUUGAAUAUGUUAAAACCUUUGAAGUAGAUGAUACUCUUUUACCAAACACAUGGAUUGUAAUAAGGAUAGAUGGAAAAUGUUUCCACAAAUUCUCUGAUGAUCACAACUUUAGCAAGCCUAACGAUUUAAGAGGUUUAAAUCUUAUGAAUUAUGCAGCUUUUACUGUCUUCAGAGAGUUUAAUGACUUGUUAUUAGCUUUUGGACAAAGUGAUGAAUAUUCAUUUGUGUUUAAAAAACAUUCCACUCUAUAUAAACGAAGAGCGUCCAAGUUACUGACAACAGUAAAUAGUAAAUUUUCUUCAUCUUAUGUAUUCUAUUGGAAUAAAUUCUUUGGUGAACAGAAACUAAAAUAUCCACCUACAUUUGAUGGGAGAGUAAUUUUAUAUCCAUCAGAUGAGAAUCUAGUAGACUACAUGAAAUGGAGACAAGCUGAUGUUCAUAUAAAUAACUUGUACAACACAACUUUUUGGAAUCUUGUCCUACAAGGAAAUUUAACACCAUCUCAGGCGGAGAAAAGAUUAUGUGGGACUGUUUCUGCUGAUAAAAACGAGAUUCUUUUUAAUGAAUUCAAAAUCAACUAUAACAGUGAACCAGAAAUGUUUAAAAGGGGUACUCUGCUGAUGCGUAAAACCAUGUCAGAUGAAAUCAUGGGUAAAUCAAUUAACCUUAUAGUAGAUACUCAUGAUGAUAUGUUAAAAGAUAGGUUUUGGAAGGAAAACUCUUUAUUAUUUGUAAAAUCUCCAAAACAAGGUUUACCCUAUGAGGGGCCAAUCACAGAAAUGAUAAAGGAACAGUUGGAUGCCAAGAAAAAUAGUAUCCAAGAAUGCACUAAAAGUUAAAUAUGAUUCAAAUAUGUUAAUGUAAGUUUAUAAAGUAAAUAAAUAAACAUUAUUUAAAUAGGUUUAUUUCUAUCAUUCAUCUAAAGAUAAGACAAUGUAUAUUAUCAUUGGACAAUAUUGUAUAAAGAUUUUAGUAUGUGCAUGAUUACAUGCAUGGGUGUGUUUGUUUCAUUGACCAUCAAUUAAUUAUGUACAUUUUAUUGAAAGAUUUCCUACAAUAAAAUUUUAAACUUUUAAUGUU